AUGCUCGCUCAAGUAUUCGCCAUCCUCACCUUCGCCCUCUGUACAUUAGGGUUCUCCAUCAGCACUCAAAGGGACGUCAAAGUCUUAGCAGGUGCACCGAUUAAUUCCCUCAAUCUAACAGUCGUACCAGAUUCUCCAAUUGAGGAUUCAAACAUCACGUUAUACUGGGGAUCAGGAGAUGCAGGUACCGCUCCUUACAUACUCCAAAUCGGUACAGGUGGUUAUUACGCGAAUUUGACUUGGUUAUACGAAUACACCAAUCUCACAGAGACAAAUCUGACUUGGAAUGUCAACGUUACUGCUGGCGAAACUUUAGUUUUCCAGCUAACUGACGGCACUAACACCACCACAUACUCCCAGAACCACUUGAUACAAUCAGCAAACGGAACUGAUCUUGACGACUCCACAUCUUCUGCUGUCGCACAGGAUCAGGCUACAGUUGAGGACGAAGAUGAAGAUGAAAGUUUCUUGGGAGAGUUAUUGGCCGAUAUUCAAGCUGAAUUAGAUGGGUAG